AUGUCCACCGUAGCAGAGUUGCAGAAGAAAGUUAAAGAGCUGGAAGCUCAGCUGGCUGCUGUACAGGGUAAUGCGGGCCCUGUUCGUCAGAAAAUCGAUGUUAUGUCGUCUGAAGUUGUCGAUUCUAAUCCUUACAGUCGUUUGAUGGCAUUAAAGCGGAUGGGUAUUGUAAACAACUAUGAGAAGAUCAGGGAGAUGUCGGUGGCGGUAGUUGGUGUCGGAGGAGUUGGGAGUGUCACGGCAGAGAUGUUAACUAGAUGUGGCAUCGGAAAGCUGAUCCUGUUUGAUUACGAUAAGGUGGAGCUAGCGAACAUGAACCGCCUGUUCUUCCAGCCUCACCAGGCUGGGCUCAGUAAAGUGGAUGCUGCAGCUGCUACUCUCCAGAACAUUAACCCUGAUGUAGCCAUUGAUGCAUACAACUAUAAUAUCACCACCGUUGAUAACUUUCAAAAGUUUUGUGACACUAUAAGAACUGGUAGUCUAACUGGUGGUCCAGUGGACAUAGUUUUGUCGUGUGUUGACAACUUCGAGGCACGUAUGGCAAUCAACACAGCGUGUAACGAACUGAAUCAGAAAUGGUUCGAGUCUGGAGUGAGCGAGAACGCCGUGUCGGGACAUAUACAGUUCAUCGUGCCAGGAGAGACAGCAUGCUUUGCCUGUGCCCCGCCAUUAGUGGUUGCAUCCAAAAUAGACGAGAAGACGUUGAAGAGGGAAGGCGUGAAUGGCAGGUAG